CGCCGCCCGCGCAAGGUUCGUUCCCUUGCGCGUCCCUUCCCGGCCCGCCCGCCCGCAUUCCGUGUGCCUUUUGUCAUAAGUUCGUAGUGGGGUUGAGUCUAUUCCUGGUCGGAUUGUCUGGGCGCGGCCGCCAUGUGGCUAUUCCACCGGAUAAGCUGUAGCUAUUUCUGGGCGCUUCGCUGUUCGGCCUGCUAGCGUCCGGGCCGUGACAGCUGGGGUGAAUCGCGGGAGUUCAGGGUCCUUGCCCCGGCUGGAUCUCGAGUUCAGGAAACCUUGCGCCCCUCUUCCUUCUCGUUUACGCCGCUAGAUUUGGGUUGCUGCCGCUUAUUUUCUUGGAUUGAGAUCCCGGAUUCAGACAGGUGCUACCAUUCGAUUUGAUUUGGCGCGGAGCACUUUCCUAUGGCCGCCUCCAUCGCGGCCUCGUCCUUCUUUCCAGGGUCACCGGCGCCGGCCGCUCCUAAGAACGGCCUUGGGGAGCGCCCAGAGAGCCUGGACGUCCGCGGCGUUGCGGCGAAGCCGGGAGCCUCGUCUAGUGCCGUGAGGGCGAGCAAGACGCGCGCCCACGCUGCGGUCCCCAAGAUGAACGGUGGGGGCAAGUCCGCGGUGGCGGAUGGGGAGCACGAAACCGUACCUUCUUCGGUGCCGAAGACUUUCUACAACCAGCUUCCCGACUGGAGCAUGCUCCUUGCGGCCAUCACCACCAUCUUCUUGGCCGCAGAGAAGCAGUGGACGAUGCUUGACUGGAAGCCUAGGAGGCCUGACAUGCUCACUGACACGUUUGGGUUUGGCCGGAUCAUACAUGAUGGGCUCAUGUUCAGGCAGAACUUCUCCAUUAGGUCCUAUGAGAUUGGGGCAGAUAGGACGGCAUCUAUAGAGACGCUGAUGAACCAUUUGCAGGAAACGGCACUCAAUCAUGUGAAGACCGCUGGGCUGCUAGGUGAUGGAUUUGGCUCCACACCAGAGAUGAGUAAACGAAACUUGUUCUGGGUGGUUAGCCAAAUGCAGGCCAUCAUCGAGCGUUAUCCAUGCUGGGGUGAUACUGUUGAAGUAGAUACAUGGGUUAGUGCUAAUGGUAAAAAUGGAAUGCGUAGGGAUUGGCAUAUACGCGAUCCUAUAACAGGCCUCACGAUACUGAAGGCAACAAGUAAAUGGGUUAUGAUGAACAAACUCACUAGGAAGCUUGCAAGAAUUCCAGAUGAAGUGCGGACUGAAAUAGAGCCAUACUUUUUUGAGCAUUCUGCUAUUGUUGACGAAGACAACCGCAAGCUUCCAAAACUGCCAGAGGGACAAAGCACGUCUGUAGCUAAAUAUGUGAGGACAGGCCUGACUCCUCGUUGGGCUGAUCUUGAUAUAAAUCAGCAUGUCAAUAAUGUUAAAUACAUUGCGUGGAUUCUUGAGAGUGCACCCAUCUCUAUUCUUGAGAAUCAUGAGCUGGCGAGCAUUGUGCUGGAUUACAAAAGGGAGUGUGGCCGGGAUAGUGUGCUGCAAUCACACACCUCUGUGCACACGGAUUGCAACAGUGAGUCUGGAGAAACAACCUUGCACUGUGAGCAUGUGCUGAGCCUUGAAUCAGGUCCGACCAUGGUGAAGGCCCGGACCAUGUGGAGGCCUAAGAGAACCAAGGCCCAAGAAACAGUUGUUCCAUCUUCAAUUUGAAUUGUGUGAGACGUUCGGGAUGGUGAUUUUGGCAACAAACUACUACUAUUUGGCAAAAAGAUCAGAAUGGUUACUAGCGUCCUCUAUUGGAAGCAAGUCACACAGGGCGAGACCUAAACUAAUUUAAUUAUGAAGUGUGAACAAUAGAGGAGAUAUAAAUAGUGUGAACAAUGGACUGGAAGAGACAGAAGCGGGGGGAGAUCGAAGACAAGGGAGGCCUCAUGUGCAUGACAAUCUUCGGUCGCACAAAUGGGUGUUGUAAGUAUUGAUCUGUAAGCUACAAAUGUAUGAAGGGGAGUGAGUGCUUCCCAUACAUGUUCCUUCUGGGGCUAUGUCCAUAUGCUAUAAGCCCCUCGAAAACAUUGUCGCAGCCAUAUAUUCAUGCAGAGGAUUUUAAUCUCGUACGUAUAUUGUAUUUGCUGAUAUUAAGAUUGAUAUUAUUACUACUUUUCUCCAGGCUGCCAAAGCGUUUUGAAACU